AUGGUGCUGGAUAAAAGUGAACGUCCAACAUUUUGUCCGUUUGAAUUCUACCAUCAUGAUGCUUUGAUGUUCGAGUUUCCAGGUCUUCGUGGAUCUCAAGCGUCUCCAUCUCCAAGCAACGGUACUUUUCAAAGCUCUCGCCUUUCUAGCAGGCCGCCUGUUGGUCCCUCAGGAAAAGCCAUGCAGCAGGCAUACAGACACUAUGACUAUAAUUCCAGUUCCUACAAACCUUGGAACGCUGAAAUUAGUGGUCAGGUGCAUGAGACCCAAAAUGAUUACGUCGGUACACUGAGAGCUGGCAGUGCGUUGUCAAUUGACAACAGUGCUGCAGGCGAUCGAACUCCACUUCCUCGUGCACGCAAUCAAAGUGCGCUGCGCUCACGAUCUCAGUCUUUGUCCAAACCACGAUUUUGGACUCCCCAAGUAGAGUCGUCUCCCGUAAAGCAAACAGGAAACACGAGCGGUGUUAACGGCCUCUACCAAAAGUUUUUGGCUUCGUUUCGAAGAAAUAAGAACCAACAAACAGGCAAUCAGGAUGUAGGAGCUGCAGGAGGACAUGCAACAUCUCUCACUGAUACCGUGUCUGCACUUGUUUUGCUACUAGAUGGCGAGGAGGUGUCCUUAAAUGUGAAUAAGCGCGUUCUUGGAAUUGAACUGAUUAAACGCAUAUGUGAUGGACAGGAUAUUAUUGAAACUGACUACUUCGGAAUUACGUACACUGACAAAAAACUGGGAACUUGGGUACGCGUAACCAUGUUUAAUAAGCAUUUUAUUUUAAUUUCGUUUUUUUUUCAGACUGCAGCAAAUUUGUUCGUAAUUUAG